AUGAAGAAAAACCAGACAUUUGUUACAGAAUUUAUCCUGGCUGGGUUUUCAGUUUCUCUAGAUCUACAAUUAUUUUUAUUUGUUUUCUUCCUUCUUGUAUAUAUUAUAACCGUGAUAGGUAAUCUGCUGAUAAUUGUAAUCAUUGGGACUGAUAGGACUCUUCACAUUCCCAUGUAUUUAUUCCUUUUUGUUUUAUCCUUUUCUGAGUCAUGUUACAGUUUAGUCAUUGUUCCUAAAAUGCUAAGAGACUUGCUCGCCGAGAGUAAAACCAUCUCUUUUGCUGGAUGUGCUGCACAAAUGUUUUUCUUCCUUGGAUUGGGUGGCACAAAUUGCUUCAUCCUUACAAUAAUGGGGUUUGACAGAUAUCUAGCAAUAUGCAAGCCCUUGCACUACCCAGUCCUCAUGAAUACGCACAUGAUUCUGUGGCUUAUAGCUUUUUCAUGGGUUGGUGGGUUUCUGCUAUCUGUAGCUGAAACAACUCUGAUUUUCAGGUUGCCCUACUGUGGCUCCAAAACAAUCAACCACUUCUUUUGUCACAUGAGGACAGUGGUUAGUUUGGCCUGUACUGAUGAGAGUAUCACUGAAGUUGUGGUCUCUACUGUCUCAGUUUUUGGCUUAUCAGGCAGUUUCUUGUUCAUCAUAUUGACCUAUGUCUUCAUCUUUUCCACCAUUUUUCAAAUUCCAUCCACUGAUGGCUGGCAGAAAGCCUUCUCCACCUGCACCUCUCAUCUCAUUGUGGUAAUUAUGCACUAUGGGUUUGCUGCAAUUGUCUACCUCAGGCCCAAUACCCAUGGCACUUUAGACAAUGACUCACUGAUAUCAGUACCAUACACAAUAAUUACUCCCCUUCUCAGUCCAGUAAUAUUUACCUUGAGAAACAAGGACAUCCAAAUAGCUGUAAGGAAACCACUUGGGGACACUCUGGCCCUGCGCGCACCUGCCUCCGGCGGGCGCAGGGCGGGGAGGCGGUCCCCAGGCUCCUCGGCGACGCGCCGGAGGCCCGAGGACAAGGUGAAGAUAAUGCGAAGUCACUAUUUUCUAGGAGAGUGCUUCAAUCUUUUCUCAUCUGUUUUCAAGACAGGUUCUGGGACUAAAACAACCUUGGUUGCGCUGGUAGAUGACCUGCUCCAGGAGAUGGACUGGAGAAAUAUCUGUCAAUUCUCUUGGACGUUUCAAUCCCAGGAAGGUUGUGGAAACCAUGAAAAGGUACCUAAAGGCAGUUUUGGAAUGAAUGAGGACUAA